AAGUGUAGGCAGUAGGGCAUAGGGUGUAUGGAGUAGGGUUAAUACACUGUAAUCAGACGCACCCCCCUCCCGGCAGUGCCUGUCGCAGGUUAAUGCCGUGGCUCCAUUCUUCCACAUCAACAACAAACCCCAGCCCGGCCAUGGCUGAGCUAAACCGGCAGCUCCAGGAAUAUUUAGCCCAGUCAAAAAGCGGCGCCAAGACCAUCUCCCAGUCCGGCUCCAGCACCACCAUCAGCAUCGAUGAGGAGCCCGCCUCGGUACCGGGAAGCUGGUUCGGCAGCUGGUCCAGUCCGUUCUCAGGACGCGGUUCUCCCGCAGGCCCGGCGCAGAGCAGCGGGUUUUCCUGGCCGUGGUCCGCGGAGCCGGACCCCUGUCUGCCGGCGAUGAGCCGCUCGCAGCGCCUGGUGGCCUUCGGCAUCUGCGCGCUGCUGUCGGCGCUGUGCUUCGGCCUGGCGGCGCUGUACGCCCCGCUGCUGCUGCUGAAGGCUCGGAAGUUCGCGCUGCUUUGGUCCCUGGGCUCGUUAUUCGCGCUGCUGGGCGCUGCGGUUCUCCGCGGGCCGAGCAAACUGCUGGGCAGCCCGAGUCCCGGGGCCGUGGUGUACCUGUGCGCGCUGGCCGGGACGCUGUACGCCGCCAUGGGGCUCCACAGCACCGCGCUGACGGCUAUCGGAGCGCUGGUGCAGAUCGGAGCGAUAGCGGGGCAGGUGCUGGCGCUGCUGCCGGGAGGGAGCGCUGGAAUGCGGUUUGUCGGGGGCAUGGCGGCCUCGGCCAUCAAAAGAACCGUGACUGGAAAAACUAUGCCGAUUUAAGGCUGGAUUUCUGGGGGAUUUCACUAAAUUGACUGUACAAGGACUCCUAGACUGAUUUGGGGCGAAUAAUUAAUAAAUAAGUUUUUUUUUUUUUUUUUAAUAAAAUAGGUCAUUUUCACCCACAAAAUGAGGAGCAUUCCAUUGGAAGUCGGACAACUAUUACAAUUUUUAAUUUUCCAAUCUAAAACAAAACUGUGAGUUACGGCUAAUUUUAUCUGGCAAAUUAAAAAAAGGUACUUUUGGAAAUAUUAAAUUAUAGCUGGGCCUUAAAUUAUAGGGCUCCACAUUGGCCUGGGGUUAUCUGGAUAAAUUGGCAAAAUGGAAAAAUCCACUUUUUGGGAGGUUUGAUGAUCCUCUGUAAGAAGACUGUAAAUCCAGUUAUGGGAAAGAGCCACAAAGGAGGAAUACUACAGCUAAAAAGUGAGGAUCACCCCAAUGAAGUGGUUUUGCUUUUUCUUUGUGGACCACCGGAAGAAAAUCCAGCUCUACUGACUGACUGUUUGAUUAAUUUUCUCUCCUGGUUGAGUUUACCUGUACUGAUUUUCCUGCUGCUGCAGUUCUGGAGCAGUAUAAUGGAGGAGUCUGCACUAAUCUGGAUUAAUGCUUUUAAUUCAGACUUUUUUUUCCACUGUGAAAACUGUAAAAAGGGACCAAGUUUAAUCAGUGUUGUGGAACACGUCACGAAAAGUGACGAAUCACACAACAGAUUUUUACCUUUGUAAAUAAAGUUGGAAUGAAAUUGA